AUGGCAACUAGACUACUGUUUACUUUGUUGGGCUUUUUGUCGCUGGGACGAGUAGGUGUAGCUAUAUUCAUCAACCCGCCGCCUACAGAGUCCCAGAUUGGCAACCCCAUAUAUGAAUUGGGUCAAGAAAUCAAGAUCAGAUGGAAUACGAAUGCCGACUUUACCGACUUGACGAUUGUAGGUACUUUGACAAAUAGCAAGUCCAAAGAGUAUACGUGGAUCGCAUCGUAUCAAGGCAUCGACCCUGCCGGUGGUGACUCGUUCAGCCUUUGGCUAUUCGAAACAGGUCAACUAGGUUCUCUAUUCUCAAGUCAUACAUUGAACAUUACCGAUCCAACUUCGACUACACAGUCGGCGACUCAAUCCACGAGAACGAGACAACCACAGACCAAGACCACAAGCAAAGCCACCGAAACAACUGACGAACCAACCUAG